AUCAGGAAAGCGAAGCCCUUGCUUCCCUUUGUUUGCUCGAUUUCCAUGGCUGCAUCUUCGUCAUCGGAGACCUCGUCCGCAUCGUCGUCGGAAUCCUCUUCGUUGUCAACCAGAAGAGAUCGGCGACGCCGAAGGCAUCGAAGCGGCGGAGAUAAGGGUGCCCUCAAGGUACGCAAGGAUCGAAGCUCGCGCAUGAAGCGCCGCCGUAGGCGCCGAUCUCCUAGAGAUUCUUCUUAUUCGGACACUGAUAGUCACAGUUAUAGUGAAAGCUCCUCUGGCAGUGAGUAUGAGGCUUCUAGGCAUUCGAGGAAGCACAAGCAGAAUGAAAGAUCAAAGAAGGCCAAAGAGAAGGAUAGAAGCAAGAGUCUCCGACAUAAACGUGACAAAGAAAAACUCAAAGAGAAGAAGCAGAGUGAGCGGGCCAGUAGUCCAAUUCAACUUUCCAAGUUGCUUGCUCGUGAUAAAGAAGAUGGUGUUCGGCGCAGUGCUGUUUCUGGUAAAAAGAUUCUAUUGAAGCUUGAUAAAACAAAGGAAGACAAAAUGGCAGAGACCAACCGCAGUGAGUUGCUCAAAUUUUUGAAUGCGAGUUAUGAUUGAUCAGCCUCAAUUGUGGCAUGCAUCAGUUGAAGGGAAUUCUUGCAUGUUCUUGGCAAGAUUUUUCCUGGAGAUGGUUUAUUUCCCAUUUGCAAGUCGGAGUCUUUUGUUACUUAAAACACCGGAAUUACAACCUUCUUAUUGUCAUACCAAUCUUUACGGUCAUCUGUCAUGUAUUUGUUUAGAUAAACUUGAUUUUAAGCUGUCUUAUGGUAUGCUCUGAUA